GCAUGCUGUCGUGUUUAAACUCAAUUAAACCGCCUGCGAAUGUGCUUUCCUUAGCCGCGAACAGGGCGGCCGCGCGAAAACGUGCCUCCUCCAGCAUCCUGGCGAACGGCGGCGGCGUGCGCACCGCCCGAGACGGCUGCGCUGGCGCUGGCCAAUCGGCGGGUGACUUGGAGAGGAGAAGAGUAGUGCGGCGAAGCACGACGCGCGCGGCGCAGGGGUCAUUUUCACUCCGGCAGUCGACGACUUCGGACGCUCGCUCCGUUCGCCAUGGCCAGGACCAAGCAAACCGCCCGUAAGAGCACCGGUGGGAAGGCUCCGCGUAAGCAGCUUGCUACCAAGGCUGCUCGCAAGAGUGCACCUGCCACAGGAGGGGUUAAGAAACCGCAUCGCUACAGGCCUGGGACCGUGGCCCUUCGUGAAAUUCGCCGCUACCAGAAGUCGACCGAACUUCUCAUCCGCAAGCUGCCGUUCCAGCGCUUGGUGAGGGAAAUCGCUCAGGAUUUCAAGACCGACCUCCGAUUCCAGAGUUCGGCUGUGAUGGCCCUUCAGGAGGCCAGCGAGGCCUACCUGGUCGGUCUCUUCGAGGACACCAACCUGUGCGCCAUCCACGCCAAGCGCGUUACCAUCAUGCCGAAGGACAUCCAGCUGGCCCGGCGCAUCCGUGGCGAGCGCGCCUAA